AGAGGCCCGACUGGAAGCGGAAGUGGCUCUCGGAGGCGUUUUUGCUGCUUGUGUCAGGAGCAUCCUCACACUUUAAUUCCGAGAGGUCUCUGAGGUGAUUUUGGUUGGUCUUGAUUAGGAAUUCUGUGGGGUCAAUGAUGGAAGGCUUGUCCGUGGAGUUAGUGAUGGUGGUUUUGGGAUUCAGUGGUGGGGGUUGGGGUCUGUGGCGUCGGUUGUUGGGUGUCAGAGAGAGGUCAGUGAUGGGGUCCUGGGCAAUGGUGAAUAUCUUUGAGAUGAGUGAUUGGGAUUUGGGGGCCCAGUGAUGGCAGUCUGUGGUCAGUGAUAGAGCCUCGGGCGUCAGCAUGGGGAAUCUAUGGGGUCUGUGAUGAGCUUGCUUUUUAAAUACUCACAAGCAUUUUCUUUAUUGCUCCCAUUUCAGUGUUUGGGUUUUUGUUUUUUGAAUUUCAGUUUAUUUUUUCUUUGACCCAUGAAUUAUUUAGAAGGGCAUUCUCUAUUUCAAAUAAUGCCUCUGGGUGACGCUCGAGUGUAAAAAUUGCUUAUGGCCCAGUUCAGGGUCAGUUUUCAUAAAUGUUACAUCUAUUACAUAAAAACAAUUGUGUUCUUUAUUCAUUGUAUUGUAUUGUUUCAUAUAGAUUGCAUUAUACAUAUUAUUUUGUCUGCUUAAUUAAUUACCGAGAAAGGUAAACUCACACUGGAAAGGUUAUUUAUCCACUUGCCCUUCCUUCAGCCAGUUUCUGCUUUAUAUAUUUGGAACUAUUAUUAGGAACAGUUAUGUGUAUUUUCAAUAAUAGAUAUAACUAAAUAACUCAAAAGAUAUUAUAGCAAUUUAAGCACCCACCAGCAACUUAUAAAAGAGCUCAUUUUCCAAAAUGCUUUCCAGCAUUUUAAAAAAAGAUUUUACAGUUCUGAGGGAAAAUUAUGUCCGAUUGGUCUAAUGCACUUUCCUGUCAGUAAUGUUGGCAUCUUUUUGGUUAAUUGCCAUCUAAAUUUACUUUUCUGUGAAUUUUCAUGUCCUUUGUCUUUUUUUCCCCCUGGGCUUUUAUUUUUUUUCCAUUUGAUUGCUAGAUUUUUUUUUUUUUUUAACAUUAGGGAUAACCUGUCAUCACAUAUUGAAAAUUUUUUAUAUAUAUAUCUUCAUUUUUAUUUUUAAGCUGUAUUUUAACAUAUAAUUAGGAAAUAUCUAAUCAGAAAUAUUUGUUUUUUCUUUUAUAGUUUCUGGGUUUUCUCUCAUGUACAAUAAGAUCCCUCUGACUCCACCAGAAUGUUAUACAAACGUAUACUCCUAAAAUUUAUUUUAAUAUUCUUUGAGAUUUUUUAAAUACAUAUACUUAAAGUAUUUACUCAUGUUGGAAUUCAGUCUAAUGUAUAGUGUGCAAUGGGGAUCUAGUUUGUUUUGUUCCAGGUGGAAGGCCAGUUAUGUCAGCACCAUUUAUGCAAUGAAUGUCUUGUGUACACUCAAUUGAAUGUCACUUUUGUCACAUACAUAAAUCAGUAUUGUCUGGUCUGUUGUUUUACUUGCUUUGAUUAUAUUGUUUUUUAUAUUAACUUUUAAUAUCUAAUAGUGCAUAGUAAUUGUUAAUAUUUAUUGCAUGCUUCUUGUAUUCCAGGGAGGUGUUGAGUACUUUGUAAGCAUCAUCUCAUUUCAUUUUCGUAACUCUAUGAGGUAGACACUUUCAUUCUCAUUUUUGAAACUAAAGCUAAAAAUAACUUAUUCAUUUUCUCGUAGCCAAAAAGUAGCAGAGCUGCAAUUCAAAUCUUCAGUAAUGUUACUCCGUAUCUCAUGUUUUUUCCCAUAUUUUACCAUGACUAAUAACCUAUCACAGGUUUUGUUAAACUUCAUGUUCUCCACAGCACUGGUUCUCAAAGUAUGGUUCCUGGAACAGUAGCAUUAGCAUCACCUGGGUACUAGUUAGAAAUGCAGAUUCUUGGGCCCUGCUAUGACCUUAAUGUUUGUUUCCCCCAAAUUCAUAUGUUGAAAUUCUAACACCCAAAAGUAUGGUAUUAGAAGUUGGGGCCUUUGGGGGAUGAUUAGGUCAUGAAAGUAGAACCCUGAUGAAUAGGGUUAGUGCUCUUAUAAAAGAUACUCCACAGAGCUUCAUAGCCCCUUCCACCAUGUGAAGACACAGCUAGAAGGUGCUGGCUAUGAACCAGGAAGAGAGCCUUCAUCAAAACGUGAUCAUGCUGGCACCUUGAUCUUGGACUUCCUAGCUUCCAGAACUGGAGCCCCUGGGUCAGAUCUUCCUCCAGACUCCACCUCACCUCUCCUUAGCAGCUCUGCUUGGGUUUACAGAUGUCCGCCAAACUUUAGGCUCCUGAGAGAAUAAAAGUUGAGACCCAGCAUGACCAUGCCAGCUAAUUGGACCUCUCACCAGAAAUCCCUGGGCCUGGCUCCAGAGGAACAUGACAGCUCAUGUGAGGGAUCAGUGUCCUUCAGGGAUGUGGCUGUAGACUUCAGCAGAGAGGAGUGGCAGCAGCUAGACCUUGAUCAGAAAAACCUGUACCGGGAUGUGAUGCUGGAGACCUAUAGCCACCUGCUCUCAGUAGGGCAUCAAGUUCCUGAAACAGAGGUUUUCAUGUUGGAGCAAGGAAAGGAGCCAUGGGCAUUGCAGGGUGAGAGCCCACAUCAGAACUGUCCAGAAGAAUUGUGGCAGAUUGAUGACCAGAUAGAGAGCUAUCAACAAAGAGAAAACAAAUCUUUAAGAGAUGUUACUUUCAUCAAGAAAAUAUUGACUAUAAAGAGGGAUUAUGAAUAUAAGGACAGAAAAAUAAUUCAUGUGAGCCAAAACAUUCCUUCCCCAGAGAGACCUCAUCAAUGUGACUUAUAUGGAAGUGCUUUAAGCCAUAAUUUAGAUUUACACGGUCAUAAUAGAAACAGUGGAUCAAAGAACAUUAAUAAGAUUACUGAAUAUGGUAAAAUUUCUUCCUAUACUAAACAUGAGUGUACUCCAACAGGAGAGAAAUUAUGGGGCCAUAAUCAAUGUGGAAAAAUCCUCAGCUUUAAACAAGUACCCUGUCAACAUCAGAAAAGUCAUACUGGGGCAAAAUCUUAUAAAUGUGCUGAAUUUGGAAAUAUCUUCACCCAGAAGUCACAACUCAAGGUACAUCUGAAAGUGCAUACAGGAGAAAAACUGUAUGUAUGUAUUGACUGUGGGAAGGCUUUUGUACAGAAGCCAGAAUUCAUUACACAUCAGAGGACUCAUACUAGAGAGAAACCCUAUAAGUGCAGUGAAUGUGGGAAAGCCUUUUUCCAAGUAUCUUCUCUUUUCAGGCAUCAGAGAAUUCAUACUGGAGAAAAACUCUAUGAAUGCAGUGAAUGUGGGAAAGGCUUCUCUUAUAACUCAGAUCUUAGUAUACACCAGAAAAUUCAUACUGGAGAGAGACACCAUGAGUGCAGUGAUUGUGGCAAAGCAUUCACGCAGAAGUCCACACUCAAGAUGCAUCAGAAAAUUCAUACAGGCGAGAGAUCCUAUAUAUGUAUUGAAUGUGGACAGGCCUUCAUCCAGAAGACACACUUGAUUGCACACCGAAGAAUUCAUACUGGAGAAAAACCAUAUGAAUGCAGUAACUGUGGGAAGUCCUUCAUUUCUAAGUCACAACUGCAGGUACAUCAACGAACUCACACAAGAAUGAAACCGUCUAUAUGCAGCGAAUAUGGGAAGGUUUUCAACAAUAGUUCCAACCUCAAUACACAUAAGAAAGUACAAACAAGAGAGAAAUCUUCCAUAUGUACUGAGUGUGGUAAGGCCUUUACGUACAGGUCAGAGUUGAUUAUACAUCAGAGAAUUCACACUGGAGAGAAACCUUAUGAAUGCAGUGAUUGUGGAAAAGCCUUCACUCAGAAGUCAGCACUCACAGUGCAUCAGAGAAUUCAUACAGGAGAAAAAUCAUAUAUAUGCAUGAAAUGUGGGCUAGCCUUCAUCCAGAAGGCACACUUGAUUGCCCAUCAAAUAAUUCAUACAGGAGAGAAACCUUAUAAAUGUGGUCAUUGUGGGAAAUCCUUUACUUCCAAGUCACAACUCCAUGUGCAUAAACGAAUUCACACAGGAGAGAAACCCUAUAUAUGCACUAAAUGUGGGAAGGCAUUUACCAACAGGUCAAAUCUCAUUACCCAUCAGAAAACUCAUACAGGAGAGAAAUCCUAUAUAUGUCCUAAAUGUGGCAAGGCCUUCACACAAAGGUCAGACUUGAUUACACAUCAGAGAAUUCAUACUGGGGAGAAACCUUAUGAAUGCAGUACCUGUGGAAAAGCCUUCACCCAGAAGUCACACCUCAAUAUACACCAGAAAAUUCACACUGGAGAGAGACAGUAUGAAUGCCAUGAAUGUGGGAAAGCCUUCAACCAGAAAUCAAUACUCAUUGUGCAUCAGAAAAUUCAUACAGGAGAGAAACCCUAUGUCUGCACUGAGUGUGGAAGAGCCUUCAUCCGGAAGUCAAACUUUAUUACUCAUCAGAGAAUUCAUACUGGGGAGAAACCUUAUGAAUGCAAUGAUUGUGGGAAAUCCUUCACCUCCAAAUCUCAGCUCCUGGUGCAUCAACCAAUUCACACAGGAGAAAAACCAUAUGUGUGUGCUGUAUGUGGGAAAGCCUUUAGUGGCAGGUCAAAUCUCAGUAAACAUCAGAAAACUCAUACUGGAGAAAAGCCCUACAUCUGUUCUGAAUGUGGGAAGACCUUCAGACAAAAGUCAGAACUGAUUAUACAUCAUAGGAUUCAUACUGGAGAGAAACCUUAUGAAUGCAGUGACUGUGGUAAAUCGUUCACUAAGAAAUCACAGCUCCAAGUGCAUCAACGAAUUCACACAGGUGAGAAGCCUUAUGUGUGUGCUGAGUGUGGGAAGGCCUUCACUGACAGAUCAAAUUUGAACAAACACCAGACAACGCACACUGGAGACAAACCCUAUAAGUGUGUAGUCUGUGGGAAAGGCUUCGUUCAGAAAUCAGUUCUCAGCGUGCAUCAGAGUAUUCACACUUGAGAGAAACAUUCUGAGAAAACCUCAGUGAGAUCAGAUUUUAUUUUACAUUAUGGAAUUCGUGCAACAGAAAAAUAUGCAUAUUAUCGUAACUAGAAAUGCUCCAUCAGAAUGUCACACGUUACUAUACAGAAGAGGACCUCUGAAAGGACCCUGAAUGGGAGGACCCCUUCCCAUAUUGUCACCAGCCUCAGUAAACCUUGGGACAUUCAUACUGAGAAGGAACUUUGUCAGUUCGGUACAUUAGAAGAAGGCUUCUCAUGAAAACUGUUACGGAACACUGUUACCAGAUUCUGCACUGGAAACAUUAUGUGAAGUCAUGUUAAUGAUAAUCCUGUUUACUGUGGAAUAGGUAACAUGCCAACAAGUUGAAUGGUAGAACAGCAUAAUAUACACGAUAACGAUAAACCCUAAGUUCUGUGAGAUGUUUGUUGCAGAACACAUUGCCUAACAGAAUUUUGUGUCAUUCUUCUGUUGAAUCAAACAUGGUCUGCAUAUCUAAUCCCUCAUUGCAUAUUUUUAUCAAGAAAGGGAUGCCACAAUAAAAAAAUUAUGUAUACAGAUAUAAACCUCAGAGUGUAUGUUGACUCCCCCAUUAUCCUCUAGCACCAUGAAUGGUAACCCCCCCUUAUUAGCCACCAGUAGAGUGUUUUCAACUUUCAUACAGCACAUUGUCUUCUGACCCCUAAAUUGCAUUUAGACUGCCUAUUCGUGCUACCAUUAUCUCCCAGACUUACCCUUAAUUAGCCCCCAGUAUAGUGUCCUGUGAACUCCCAUUACCUUCAGGAAAGCUUCUGAAGUAAGAAUGUUCAGGCACCUCAGUCAACUCUUCACCUCAGUCUCUCUUUUGUUUUUAUAGUUUUAUAGUGCUUCCAGCUCAUUUGCCUUCCUUAAUGACUUGACCUUUAUAAUGACAAUAAUGAAUCAAUAACUCAUUAAAACAAAUCCCAACAUACCUUCACUGUGUUCUCUCUACCCAUCUUCAUUCCAUGCACUCCUCAAGGACCUUCUCCCCCAUUUGCCUCAAAACACAUCAGGUUAGGUCCUGCCUCAGGGCCUUUGCAUUUGCAGUGCCCUCUUCAAAGAGCACAGUUCCUCAUUAUAUCUGUGUGGUUUACUCCUUCGUGUCUUUCUUCCAAUGGCAUAUCUUCACAGAGGCCUGUCCUGCCCUUUCCUGCCUGCUUGGCUUAAAAUUCCAUCACUCUCCCCUUCCUCCUUUAUCCUCUCCAUAGCACUUAUUACCAUGAUGCCCUGUAUAUUUCACUUAUUUGUCUAUGGUUCCCACUCUAGAAUGUUUUUCCCCGUUUUGAUCACUGUUGUGAACCUAGACCCAUGCCUGACAUAAAACAGUCCUUCUAUGAGUGCACGUUGUGGAGUGUUGACCCUGCUCAUCCCAUGACUUCCCUUUGAUCCUUUCUGUAUUGCAGCAUAAGAUGCUCCGAUGGGGAGAACCAACUUGUCUAAAACACACAAGGCUUUUUCACCCCCAGUCUUUACCUGGGCUGUGCCUCCUUCCUGUUCUAAAAGUUGUAACAUCAUUGUAAACCUUUUGCUCUGAUGCCAGCCCAUUUAAAGAAAGGACUGAGGCACAGGAAAUCAGUCCCACAUAGAUGGGACUUGAUGCUUGAUGUUUCAGGAUUCCCUUCAAUGAUUCUUAAAUACCACAGUCAGCUCCAAAAUGAUCACAAAAGAGCCCACUCACUCUGCCCGAGCAUGCACAGUCCUGCCUUACCCCAAUUGCACCUUGAUGGGGCACCCCGUAAGCUGACCUACAGACCUGCUUAUCAUGCCCUGACAGGUAUGCCCAAAGCUAAUAAUAUGGAGAGGCCAAGAGCAGAGAAGGGUUGACCUUCCUUAGAAGUUAGGUGUGCAACCUAAGACUGGGGCAGCAGUGGUCUCACAGAUGCAUGCAGAGGGUCUGAUUGAAAGCUCAGCUGCUGGGUGGCCAAAUGAACCAGCAAAAUGGUUCCUUCAGGUCAGUCCACUGGCAACGCUGAGAGUGGAAAACAGUUGGGUUGUACAGAAAUGUUCUCACCUUUGUGAAUAGCAGCGUGAGGGUUGAGAAUGGGGACAGAACCUGGUUAAGGGGACAGGUCUAAGGAUUUUCCUGUAAUCCCCUCACCCAAAUUGGGCAGUGAUUAGUGACAUAUCAGAUUACCACACCUUAAAUCCAUGUCUAAUCCAUCAUUAGCUCCCCUUUAUCUCACCCCUUCACAGUAUCUGAUGAGCCACUGUACACCCUUCUCUAUGUUAGAACAGUAUCUAGUGACCCACUACCCCAUUUUACCUCAUUCAGCACUGCUUCUGGGGCUUCACGCAAUGUUUUAUGACCCACCAUUUUCCCCCAACUUAGGACAGUGUUUGCUGAUCCUGCAGGAGAGUGUCUGGAGAUCUCUCCAUUACCCCCUUCUUAACCCACCCCAGCACAAUGUCUGGACACCCUCCAUUAUCCCCCUUUGACUUUACUCCAUCACUGUGUUUGUCACCUCUUAUUACAGGAAAUAGUAUCUGGAGAUCUUCUCAUUACCUCUUCCAGUUACCUCCAGCAUAAUGUGUAUUACUUCACCCCAUUUGUGAAACAGUCUGCUAACCUCCAUACUCCCCGUUUAUUCCCACUUUCACCUAAAUAGUAACUGAUGACCACUUAUUACAAUCCUCAGAGUAGGAAACCAUGAUAUACCCCACCUAAUCCAACUUUUAACAUUAUCUCCUGAUUCUUUCAUUACACCUCUAUCAGCAUGGCUUGUGUUUCCCUCCAUUUGUUGUCCAUCACAAUGAUGGUGACCAGUUAUCUUCCAUUACUCCACCUAGCAGUGUUUGUAACCAUCCCCAACACAGUAUGUGGUGACGCCCCCGAUACUCUCUCUGAACACUGGUGUGUGCCAUUAACCUGCUUCCCUAUCCCCAGAUAAGGGCAAUGACUGAUAAGGCACCAUAAACUUCACAUUAGCUAUCUCUGUAGGACCCCCAUUAACAACUGGCACAAAGUCUGUUGGUGCCCAUUACCCACUAAUACAGAUCUGUGGCUCUUCCAUUAAAUCCAGAUAAUAUCUGCUAUUUCCCUAUUGGCCCCCAGUAACACAGUGUCUACUGAUUCCCCGUUGCCCACAUUGCUUCAUGAAGCCACUUAGUGUGGCUACUGCAAGUCCCCCAGUGUUGCUUCUCCAAGUCCCCACUGUUUGCCUGGACAGGAACCCUGGUGGAUGGAGAAGGGAUGAGGAUAGGGUCCUAGCCUCAUGGACACCCUCCAGGGAAUUGUUGGUCUGGAGUAGGCUGGGAAGGAUCUGGGAGACCCAGGAGAUCACAAACAGCUUCCCAUUUACUACGUGAGGAGUGAAACAAGCAGAAGAGUGAAAGCUGUCGACAUGAAUUAAAAUCCAGGUGCCAACCCUGAUGCUCAGUAACCUCCCCCGAGCCUCAGUUGCCUCACCUGUAAAAUAGAGUCAUGGAGGAUGAAGUGACUUAAUAUGGGUCACUUGAGGGGAGUAGGGCUAGUGGAGACCAAUGAGAGGGUCCCUGUUGUUAAUGAUAUUACUAGUUAUAAGUUGACACAAGACCAACCUCUGUAUGGCUGUACCAAAACCUCACAGAGGGAAAUGUGUUAUUUUAUUGUAAGUUACUUUCAAUUAUUUCUCUUUUAUAUUUACUGUGACAUAAUAUUAUAGUACUGAGAUAUUUUUAAAGUCAGAUUUAUUGAGGUAUAAUUUACACACAGUAAUAGUCACCCUUAAAAGUGUACAGUUCUGAGAGUUUUGACAAAUGUGUACAAUCAUGUAAUCAACACCACAACCAAGAGAACAGUUCCUUCACUCCCCUAAAUUCCCUCCUAUCCCUUUUUAAUCAAUCUCUCUAUCCACUCCCAACCCCUCGAAAUCACUGAUCUGUUUCCUGUUUCUAUAGUUUUGCCUUCUUCACCUGUCAUAUAAAUGUGUGUGUAUCCAUAUAUAUGUAAAAAUGUGUCUCCUUUGGAGUCUGACUUCUUUCAUUUAGUGUAUUUGAGAUUCAUCCAUAUGGUUGUAUGAGAUACAAAUGGAAAUAUGCUGAUGAAAAGACACUCAACAUAAUUAGUCAUCAGGAAAAUGCAAAUUAAAACCAUAAUGACAUACCACUACACACUUAUCAGAAUGGCAAUAAAUAACACAGUACAAAAGUUGGCAAAGAUGUAAAGCAAUAGACACUUUCAUGCAUUGCUGAUGGGAAUGAUAUACAAUGGUAUCUCCACUCUGGACAAAAGUUUCACAAGUUCUUAUAAAGUUAACUACAUACUUAUCCUAUGACCCAGCAAUCCCACUUCUAGGUAUUUAUCCUGGAGAAAUGAGAAAUUAUGUAUGUACUUGAAUGUUCACAGAAACUGCAUUCAUAAUCACCAAAAGAUUGGAAACAACCCAAAUGUCCAUCAGUGGGUGAAUAACUAAACACAAUGUAGUACAUCUAUACAGUGGAAUACUACUCAGCCAUAAAAAGGCUGAUUUAUGACACCAGAGAAAGGAAUGAUUCAUUGACACAAGCUACAACAUGGAUGAAUCUCAAAAGUAUUAUGUUUUACCGUGUGAUAAUUUAAAUUAUGUUUGAUAAAAGACUUUUUAUUAGAAAUUAGAUUAUAAAUAUACAUAAUUAGAUGUGUACAUUAGUUAUAAUUUUAUACUGCAUAUCAUUAUAUAUUAUAAUAAUAUUGUAUAUUUGUAAUAUAGUACACUGUAAUACCAUUUAUUAUUGUAUAUUCCUUAUUACAAUAAAAAUGUUUAUUUUAUAUGAAUGUAAUAUGUACUGUAUGAUUAUAUA